UUCAUCCUGCUAACGGGACUGGGUGAGCAGCAGCAGAGCAGACUUCUCCGGGAUCUGCGCUCAAUCCGUACAACUUUUCCAAUUCAGGGAUCACAAAUAUAUUUGAAUUCCAAUCCGUAAGAUGCGACACUUACGAGCGGUGAAUUAGUACCCGUAAAUCUGGUGCGUUUGUUCAAACAGCAGCCGGUGUUGGUCAUGAAACGCCAGAGUACCUGUUAGGUAAGUUCGACCACCGUUUUAAAGACAGAAAAUAUCAUUCAGCGAGUAGCCUAGCGAUCAUUCAGUGCCUUUAGGAGAUAACCACAAUGCAAAGCGACAAGUCGGAGCCGAGCGAACCCAAGGCCGCCGAGUGUCCGAGCGCCAGCAACGGCGAGAAGAAAUCCGUGAGUAACGUGGAGGUAGAAACCGCCAAACCCAAAGGGAUAAGUGCAGUGGCAGUGCUCUGGACCUUUGGGAAAUGCCUGGGUGCUUUGCUCCCCGUCUACCUUGCCGGUUACUAUCGGGUCAGCACCAGUCUGCUGGUGUUCGGCAUGAUGAUCUACACGGGAUGGAAACAUGCUCGAGAAGCCAAGGAGACGCGCCUCAAGUCAGCUAUGCAGCUGCUCAACGACGAGCAGGAGCAUGCAUCCAUGAGAGUGUCCAGCAUCAAGCGAGAUCUUCCUGCAUGGGUAAACUUUCCAGAUGUUGAGAAGGUUGAAUGGCUGAAUAAGGUCCUGCAGCAGGUGUGGCCCUUUGUUGGUCAGUAUCUUGAGAAGCUGCUGAUAGAAACCAUCGCUCCAUCUAUCCGAGCCUCAAGCAGCCACCUCCAGACCCUCAGCUUCACCAAGGUGGACAUGGGAGACAAGGCCAUGAAGGUUGUAGGGAUCAAGGCACACACCGAGAAUGACAAGGGACAAGUCCUGCUGGAUCUCUAUAUUAGCUACGUUGGCAAUGUAGAGAUCAAUGUUGAGGUGAAAAGAUACUUCUGCAAAGCUGGAGUCAAAGGAAUACAGCUGCAUGGGAUGAUGCGGGUGAUUCUUGAGCCUCUGGUUGGAGAUGUGCCCAUUGUGGGUGCAGUCACUAUGUUUUUCAUCCGCCGGCCUAAACUAGACAUCAAUUGGACUGGGUUGACUAAUUUGUUGGACAUUCCUGGAUUGAACGUCAUGUCAGACAGCAUGAUUAUGGAUGCUAUUGCCUCCUUCUUGGUGCUGCCCAACCGCCUGGUUGUCCCACUGGUUCCUGGACUACAUGUGGCUCAACUACGCUCUCCUUUGCCCAGGGGUGUGGUACGCAUCCACCUGGUGGAAGCACGGAAACUAGCAGCCAUGGACAACUAUGUGAAAGGGGUCAUGGCAGGCUUGUCUGACCCCUACGCCAUAUUGAGGGUGGGACCUCAGACCUUCACCUCCAAACACAUUGACAACACAGACUCUCCCAAGUGGGGAGAGAUGUAUGAGGUUAUAGUCCAUGAAGUACCUGGUCAAGAGUUGGAAGUUGAGGUAUAUGACAAAGACCCAGACAAGGAUGAUUUCCUGGGCAGGACCAAAUUGGAUUUGGGUAUUGUGAAGAAAUCCGUAGUUGUUGAUGAUUGGUUCACUUUGAAAGACACAGAUUCUGGUCAGGUUCACUUCAGGCUGGAGUGGUUGGCUUUGCUGCCGAGCUCUGAUCAACUAGAGCAGGUCCUGAAGAGGAACGAGAGCGUCACCAGCAAGAAUGCUGAUCCCCCGUCUUCAGCCAUCUUGGUUGUAUAUCUGGAUAAGGCUGAGGCACUUCCUAUGAAGAAGGGAAAUAAAGAGCCCAAUCCCAUGGUGCAGUUGUCUGUGCGGGACGUCACUAGAGAGAGCAAGACUUGUUACACAACCGUUAAUCCAGAGUUUGAAGAAGCUUUUACCUUCUUCAUAAACGAUCCUCGCAACCAGGACAUAGACAUUCAGGUGAAGGAUGCUGACCGCGUGCAGACGCUGGGCAGCCUGACCAUCCCUUUGUCCCGUCUCUUGUCAAAAUCCAAUCUUUCACUGGACCAGUGGUUCCAGCUGGAAAACUCCGGAUCAGCCAGUCGCAUCUACCUCAAUGCCGUCCUUAGGGUCCUGUGGUUGGAUGAGGAACGCAUUGCAUCUGAUGCGUCCUCUGGUUUGGCAGCUGGAUUAUCCAAUCAGCUACCACAACAGACCUCUCCUCAUCCUAGCUUUGCCACAGAGGGACUGCUGAGAAUUCACCUGUUGGCAGGUCAGAAUCUUGUUCCGAAAGAUAACCUGAUGGGAGGCAUGAUGAAAGGCAAGAGUGACCCCUAUGUCAAGAUGAGCAUUGGGGGUGAAACAUUCACAAGUGAGGUUGUCAAGGGCAACCUUAACCCCACCUGGAAUGAGAUGUAUGAGGUGAUUUUAACCUCGCUUCCAGGCCAGGACCUGCAUGUGGAGCUCUUUGAUAAAGACAUGGACAUGAAGGAUGACUUCAUGGGCAGGCUGAAGAUCAGUCUGAAGGAGCUCAUUGAUGCUCAGUACACUGAUCAGUGGUACACGCUCAGUGAUGUGAAGUCUGGUCGCAUCCACCUGGCACUGGAAUGGGUUCCAACAGCCUCAAACUCAGACAGACUGGACCAGGUUCUUCAGUUCUAUUCCCGACAGUCCUACCAGAACAAGGCAGUUCCCUCGGCAGGCCUGCUGUUUGUGUUUGUCGAGCAGGCGGAUGGAUUACCAGUGAAGAAGAGCGGAAAAGAUCCAAAAGUAGGAGCAGAGUUAACUCUUGGGGAAAAGUCUCGAAAAACUACAGUGUGUGAGCGUACAACAUCACCUCAGUGGAAUGAGGCAUUCUGCUUCAUGGUUUGUGACCCCAGAAAGGAUAUCCUUGUUGCUAAGCUCUCCCACAGCUGGACCCUGCCCAUAGGCUCUGUGGUUAUUCCUAUUCGAGAGCUGCUGUCUGAACCAGAGCUGGUCCUGGACCAGUGGUUCCAUCUGGAUGGAGCCUCACCUGAGAGUCAGAUUCUUUUGAGGGCUGAACUCAAGUUGCUGAUUCCAAGCAAAUGCCCUGCCGCCACUGUUACGACUAAGGCGGCUGCUGUCUCAGAUCCUUCCCCUGCUAAGCCGAAACAGGAGACAGACACAACACUCAGGUCGAGCUCAGUAGACACUCCUCCUGUGGAGACUAUUGUCUCUUCAGUGACUUCACAUGAAGAUGCUGAUACCACGGAAACUGCAGAUGAUUCGGUUCAAGAUGAGAUAAAAGAAUCAUCCAGUCCUGCUGUAACACGGCCUCCUCACUCUUCUCCGGACCUCAGCUUUGCCAGUGAGGGUCUGCUGAGGAUCAUCCUGUUGGAGGCCCAGAAUCUUGUUGCCAAAGAUAAAGUGAUGGGUAUGGUAAAGGGCAAGAGUGACCCUUAUGCCAAGAUCAGUGUUGGAGAGGCCAGCUUUAAGAGCAACGUGAUCAAGGAAAAUCUCAACCCAGUCUGGAAUGAGCUGUAUGAGGUGGUCCUGAGGCCUCAGUCAGCAAAGGAGAUGCAAGUGGAGCUGUAUGAUAAAGACAUGGACAAAGAUGACUUCCUGGGCAGAUGCACAAUCAGUGUGGCAGACAUAAUCAGCUCCCAGUACUUAGACCAGUGGUAUACCUUGAAUGAUGUGGCGUCUGGCCGCGUCCGUCUGAUCCUGGAGUGGGUUCCAGCAGUGUCCCAUAAUGACACCCUAGACCAAGUAAUGCAUCUGCUGUCCCUCCAGUCUUACCAGAACAAGGCCGUUCCCACUGCAGCACUCCUCUUUGUUUACGUGGACAGAGCGCACUCAUUGCCUUUCAAAAAAAGUGGAAAGGAGCCCAAGGCUGGAGCUGAGCUUGUGUUUGGUAACACAAGCUACAAAACUAAGGUGUGCGAUCGCUCCCGAUCUCCUCAGUGGAGCGAGACAUUCCACUUCUUGGUACAUGACCCCACAAAGGAGAUGCUCAUACUGAAGCUCUCCAGUGCGUGGGACCAGCCAAUGGGAUCUCUGGUAGUUCCUGUGAGACAGCUGCUGUCUGAACCACAGCUGGUCCUGGACCAGUGGAUGCCUCUAGAUGGAGCCUUACCUGAAAGUGAGAUCCUCCUGAGGGCUGAGCUCAAGAUUCUCAACUCGAGGAUGGCUGAAGUUCCACAGCCGUCUGUGACUGCUGCAAAGAAAGAGGACACCAGCACCCCCACAAAAAAGACAGUCGCUGGCAAAGAGGAAAAAAGUUCAGAGCUGCCGGUGCAUGAGUCUGUUGCUGCAUCAAACCAGCCAGAACAGCCUAAAACAGAGGAAGCAAAGCCUCCAACUGCUGCAGAGAAGGCUCCACCCGUUAAACCAGCACAUGACACAAUCCCUGCUGCUGCUGCACUGAUGGAAAAGCCAGCGGAUGCAGGAGAGCACCGCACACAGCCCCACACAGCAGACAAAAGAGACGCUGAACCACAGCAAAAGCAGACAGAGGGUCUGGAUAAUCUGGCUCACGCCACAGUGGCAGGUCUUCACACUGACACUAAAAAGCCAGGAGACGUUACAGAAAUCCCCAAACCUGCUCAGCUUCUUCCACCACACACAACCCUGAGCCAGACCUUUGCUCAAGAGGGGCUGCUGAGGAUUCACCUGCUGGAGGCCCAGAAUCUGGUUGCAAAGGACAACCUGAUGGGUGGCAUGGUGAAGGGCAAGAGCGAUCCCUAUGUCAAGAUCAACGUAGGCCAGGUUACAUUUAAAAGUCAUGUGAUUAAGGAGAAUCUAAACCCAACAUGGAACGAAAUGUAUGAGGCUGUUUUGAAUGGGAACAGCAUCCAGGAGAUCAAGUUUGAAGCAUUUGAUAAGGAUAUAGAUUCUGAUGACUUCCUAGGAAGAUUCAGUGUUGAGCUAAAGGAGGUCAUAAGAUCACAGUACACAGAUCAGUGGUACCCUCUGAAGGAAGUGAAAUCUGGACGGGUUCACUUGAUACUAGAGUGGGUUCCUGCGGUGUCAAAUGCAGCCAGAUUGGAGCAGGUACUGCAGCUUCAGUCUCUCCAGGCUUAUCAGAACAAAGCUGUUCCUACUGCAGCUCUGCUCUUUGUGCAUAUAGAGAGAGCACAUUCACUGUCUCUGAAGAAGAGUGGAAAAGAACCCAAAGCAGGAGCUGAGCUUGUUCUGGGUGAAACAAGCUACAAAACCAAACUCUGUGACCGCAGCACCAGCCCUCUCUGGAACGAGUCUUUCUACUUUCUGGUCCAUGACCCUAAGCAUCAGAUGCUUGUGGUGAAGUUGUCCAGUGGCUGGGACCAGCCAAUGGGAUCUCUGGUGGUUCCUGUCAAGAAUCUGCUUGCAGAGCCACAGCUGGUUUUGGAUCAGUGGUUCCAGCUGGAUGGGGCGUCCCCUGAAAGUCAAAUCCUCCUUAGGGCUGAACUCAAGAUUCUGGCUUCCAAAAUGGUGGAUUUGAUCAGUGAAGGGACUUUGCCCUGUGCUGCCUCUGGGUGUGGAUCUGGAAACGGGCAGGUGAAGUUGUCACUUUCAUAUGCCUCGCAAGCAAGAAAGCUCGUCGUCAUCAUUCAUUCCUGCAGGGGUCUGUUGUCACAUAAUAAGGAUGGGGUGGACAGCUAUGUCUCCCUCAUGCUGCUGCCAGAUAAAAGCAAGGCCACCAAGAGAAAGACAGGUGUGAAGAAAAGAGACCACAACCCUGAAUUCAAUGAAAGGUUUGAGUACGAUCUGCCCAUGGAUGACAUUAGAUUCAGACGCCUCAGUGUAUCAGUGAAAAAUAACUCGGCCUCGUUCAGAAGCCGAGACGUCAUUGGGCAGGUGCAGAUCGAGUUGGCUGAGGUGGACCUCGUGUCUGGUGUAACACAAUGGUUUACUCUGAAGGACGAAGCUGAGUAGAAGCUGCUGCUUGCUGAUGAAUGAUGCUGUAGCAGUGAUGAAAACAUCAUCAUUCAACUUCUCACUGCUGCUGCGAAUCACACUGAUGCCUUCUCGUUUGCACUUCUGCACACAGUGUCACCAUGGCAGCCUUACCUGUAUCCACCCAGCUCACUGUGUGUAAUAGCAUCUAUUAUAGAAGUGGGCUGCACGCUGUAUUCACAUACAUCAAUACACCCACCAAAGAUAAGUAGAAAGAAGCAGCUAAGUUGAAAAGGGUAAAGUGUAAGUAAGUUAUGAGUGCAGGUUAUGUUACUGAGCAGAGCAAGUGAAGGACGAACGGGCCUGAAGGAAUCAUGUUACGUUUUAUUGCUUUGUUUGCGCCUUGUUGCUGUAAGAGUUUUAAGUCUUGUUUGAAGUGUGGUAACAUUUUAGCUUUUAAUUUUUUUAUGUGUUAUUCAUGACUAUUAAUCCCAUUUCAGUAUUUCAAUCAUAUUUUAUUCACCAGCUUACAGUAGAUUUUUUUUAUAUAUGUUUCACUUUGCCAUGAAGCUUUUCACGGUGCCUUUGGAAAUAAUUUUUGUACGGUUAUUUUUUACAGCUAAGAUAUGGGUGUGUUACACAUGCUUCCCCAGUUAUGGUUUGUUUAUUUUGUGUAUAUUUGCAAAGAUCAUCAAUCAGGUUGGAAAAUGUUUGUGGAAAGACACAAAAUAAACAGAUUUUGCACAGCUCACA